GAGAGCGUGUUAUUAGUGGAGAGAAAAAAGUUUACCAUUCGCGGUUAGGGUUAAUCGGCGCGAGAAACGACGAGAGGAAGAAGGGGCAGAAGAGAAGCAAAAAAUAGCGCCGCUCGCCGCGCCCUCCGACGGUGGACCAUAUAAGCAACUGGGGACUUUGCUCUUCCACAUCACUUGGCGAUCCAGACCGGGACGAGGAGCUACCUCAGUAGGAACAUCAGAAAAAAAUGGCGGACCUCAGCUCCAAGGAUGUCGAACUGGCCCGCGAGCACUUCGAGAUCUACGACAUGUGCGCCGAGGGCAAGGUGGACUGCGCCGACCUGGGGUCCCUGCUGCGGUCCCUCGACCUGCGUCCCACCAACGCGCUCGUCGAGAAGAACGGAGGAACCACCAAGAGAGGCGAGAAGAAGAUGACCCUGGAGGAGUUCCUGCCAAUCUACAGCCAGAUCAAGAAGGACAAAGACAUGGGCACCCACGCCGACUUCAUGGAGGGACUCAAGGUCUACGACAAGGCGGAGAACGGACAGAUGAUGGCGGCAGAGCUGUCCCACGUCAUGCUCUCGCUGGGUGAGCGGUUGACCAACGACGAGGUCGACGAAAUCAUGAAGGCCUGUGCGGGGCAGGAAGACGAGGAGGGCUUCAUCAAGUACGAACAAUUUGUAAAGAACGUUCUGGCAGGACCAUUCCCCGAGGAGAACAAGGAGAAGUAGGCAUCUUCACCCGCUCUUGUCUCGUCCCGUCCGUGCCGGUGCUCGCCAGCCCUUCCGCUCCAGCCGCCACAGCAGCCUUCAGCAGAGAACUGACAAUCGCCCCUGGGCUCUGCCUCGCCCUUGCCUUCCUCUGAUUGGACGGACCCGUGACGUCACUUCGGUGCCCUCGCUCCGCACUGCCUACCAGGAGACGUCCUCUGGAUCGCGAGGAGGUGUCAUCCUCGUCGGAUAUCGGAAAGUAGAGCGACGUCUUAGCACCCGGAGUUACAGAGUGCAAGGAAGUUGGACGAGCAAAAAUUUGAAUGGAGGUUGCAUUAAAAUAUAUACAUAUAUACCUGAAAGAGUUGCUUAAAAAUGCGGAUCACAAAAAAUAGGACACCAAUAAAAUUCUUGAUAGCAGCAAUGUCAUAAAAAGAGAAAAGCGAUUCUGUAAAAGGAAAAAAAUAAAAAAAGGUGGUACAAACUCUUGUCAUACAA